AAUAAUCUCUAUGAAUCUCUAAACUUUCCCAUACAAAACGAGCUAAAAGCUACUUUGAAUUUGAUAAAAGAAGACAAAGUGGUUUUUAAAAUGGCUUUACUCAUAGCAGUACUGACCUUAGUUUUGCUCGUGUCUGCGUCGACUUCACCAGCCAUUGCUCUUAGCUUGAAUCAUUAUGAGAAAACCUGUCCUGAUGUUGAGUCGAUAGUUGCAAAAGCUGUCGAGCGUGCCACCAUGAAGGAUAAGACGGUCCCUGCAGCCCUUCUUCGAAUGCAUUUUCAUGAUUGUUUUAUAAGGGGUUGUGAUGCUUCUGUGCUGUUGUACUCAAAGGGAAACAAUAAAGCUGAAAAAGAUGGGCCUGCAAAUCUUUCUUUGCAUGGAUUUUAUGUUAUAGAAAAUGCAAAGAAAGAAGUCGAAGCAGCGUGUCCUGGUGUAGUCUCGUGUGCUGAUAUUUUGGCUUUUGCCGCAAGGGAUGCUGUCGUGCUCUCUGGAGGUCCUACAUGGGAAGUGCCUAAGGGAAGAAAAGAUGGUAGAACAUCAAAGGCUAGCGAAACUAUACAACUGCCGGCUCCGACUUUCAACAUAUCUCAACUGCAACAAAGCUUCUCUCAAAGAGGCCUAUCCAUGGAUGACCUCGUAGCUCUUUCAGGAGGCCACACUAUCGGAUUUUCCCACUGCUCAUCCUUCCAGAAUAGAAUCCGCAACUUCAACGCAACGCACGACAUAGACCCAACAAUGCAUCCUUCAUUUGCAGCAAGCUUAAGGAACGUUUGUCCGAUCAAGAACAAGGCAAAGAAUGCCGGAGCAACAAUGGAUCCUUCUUCAACAGCUUUCGAUAACACCUACUUCAAGUUGAUCCUUCAAGGCAAAACCCUGUUUUCUUCUGACCAAGCCCUGCUCACGAAUCCGAAAACCAAAGGUUUGGUAUACAAGUUUGCCAGUUCGAAACAGAGUUUCGAGAAAGCUUUCGUAAACUCUAUGAUCAAAAUGAGCAGUCUCAAUGGAGGUCAAGAAAUUAGGAAAGAUUGUCGUGUUGUAAACUAAGGAUUUCAUAGAUUAAUUAUUAAAUUCUAAAAUCUAAACUAUGAGAGCUAGGUAGUUCAUCAAUGGACUACUACUUUUCCUAUUUUCAUUGUAGCCUAUUAGCCUAAUAACUGUCAAUUGAGAGAAUUUAUAGCUGAAUAAGCACAGCUACACUACUGUAAUAAACUGAGAUAUUAUGAAUAUCUUAAGAAACUAGCUUUAAUCAUAAGAA